GUCUGAUUCCCGAGAAAAGUGGGAUAUCGGGAAACUCUAGGUUGCGGCCGAGGAUUCGGCAGUUGACUUCCAAUCUAUUCAACGUGGAGGAGAACAAGAACGACAAAGACAUCCGUAAAAAUCCAAAAACCAUGUCAGCACCUUCUACUUCCGUGGGCGAUGCUGCUGCCGCUCUCUCUGGUAAUCUUCAGUUGCCGCCACUUCGUACUCUCGAUGACUUCAUCCUGGGAUCGGCCCGAUUCCAGCUGCCCAAUCUCAAGGAUAGAGAGAAGUGGGGCAAUCGAGUGACGAAAAAUCUUUUGUACUAUCAAACCAACUACUUUUUGCUCUUCCUUACAAUCUACGUUUUGAUGAUAUUCUUCAAUCCUUCAAAGAUUAUUACUGGUCUGCUGGUUCAGGCUUUGAUAAUUGGCGUAAUAUGGCAAUUCUUUAGUGGCAAGUCAAAGAAGAACUUUAUUGCCAGUCGUAUGACCAGAGGAAAUGCUAAUGAAGCCGAACAAAAUGCCCAACAGAAGUGGUACAUCCUAGCUGGAGCCCUCCUCGGAGGAUAUCUUCUCCUACAUCUUCUAAGCGCCGUGCUCCUGACUGCAUUCACCGUGCUGUUCCCCGGUUCGAUUACCUUUAUCCACGCCUCUCUGCGAUUGCGAAACAUUAAGAACAAGCUGACUAACAGCAUUGAGAGCUUUGCUCCAUCAACGCCAAUGGGCUCUCUGUUCGAUGCGCUAAAUGUUAGGGCCGAGGGCGUGUUCAACUAGGCCAAGCCUACGUACAUAUAGACCCGUUUGUCACAACUGGAAAUAACGUUUUCAUCGCUAGUUAUCCCUAUCAAUGUUGAUCUUUGCAAAACAAAAACCCUGUAUUAUAAUUCAUUUAAUCUUUAUUUUUGUAUAAACUAUGAUUUUAUUACCAAUGCGUGCAGCUAUUAAAAAUGUCAAUAAAGUUCUCACAAGAAAUUCGCUU